GUUUCCGGUUUGUUGAGCGCUUCUCCCGUUAGCUUGACCGCUAGCGGGAUUGAUUAAAGGAACUCGGGCUCUGUCUGUGGAGUUUUCCACUGGGUGCAUGCUGCAUCAUGGAUAUGGUAGCGGAGGGGCAGAAAGGCAGCCUGAGCUCAGGUAAAAUGGUGGCCCUGGCUGCGGGGCUGUCUGUCGGGGCCACCGUGGGCUACAUCAUCUACCGCCACAUCAGCAGCUCCGGUGACAAGCAACCACUGACGGGUCAGGGGUCCGACACCGAGCUGUCCAGGAUGACUGUUCCUGUACAAGCAUACAGGAACGUGUCCAGAUGCCACGCCACGUUUUUGGAUAUGGUGACCCAGAAGUCUGGAGCUCAUGUGAGCAUUCAAUCAGACUUCGAGCAGCCUGUAUAUAUGACGGUCGUACAUUUCCUGCUGCAGGGAACAAAAGAGCAGGUCCUACUGGCUCGGUGUUUCCUGGAGAACCUCAUCGCUGACUGUGAACCGGUGUCAGAGGUGCUGGAGGUACCUCAGACCACCUUCGGUCGCAUCAUAGGGCGUGGGGGUGAGAAUGUCAAGCUGAUCGCUAGGACCACUGGAGCCAAAGUUUCGUGUUCCAAAGAGAAGAGCCAGGGCCCUGGAGCCACGGGCCGUGUGGUGAUAACAGGGGCCAGACAGGAGGUUAACCAGGCCAAGGAAAUGGUUCUGGAAACAGUCAGAGAGGAUGUUCUGGUGAGGACGAAGAUCUCAGAGUCAUCUGCUUUUCGACAGAAAAGGGGUCACAUUGCUAAAUUGUCCCUGGGCCUGAACAACAAUGGUCCCAUCUUCCAGACAGAAAACAUCGGGCUUGUUCAUGCCAGCGGCAGCACAGGAGGAUUAAACAAUAUGUCUGACAAGAUGGAAGUCAAGGACAGCGAAGGCGAGGAAGAGGAGGAGGAUAGGGUCUCUGCAGUGUUACGUUCUGAAAUGUCCAAGUUUGAAAUUUCCAGCCCAGACCUGAGCUUCCAUCCUGAUGAACAUUUAGAGGUUUACGUUUCUGCAUCGGAAAACCCAAACCACUUCUGGAUCCAGAUCUUGGGGGUUCGCUCGCUCCAGUUGGACAAGCUGACAGAAGAGAUGAAGCAUUUCUACAGCAGUAACAACCCCACAGAGCAGCAGCUGGAGACUGUGGUGGUGGGGGACAUCGUGGCAGCUCCGUACCGUGACCACAGCACAUGGAACAGGGCCAGGGUGCUGGGGGUCCUUCCUUCGGGCCUGUUGGACCUUUAUUAUGUAGACUUUGGUGACAAUGGCGAGCUACCCAGAGACAGCCUCCGCUGCAUGAGGAGCGACUUCCUCAGCUUACCAUUUCAAGCUAUUGAGUGCAGCUUAGCAGGAGUGAGACCAAAAGGAGACAUGUGGACCGAGGCAGCCCUGGAUGACUUUGAACGGAUGACGUAUUGCGCCUCCUGGAGACCCCUGCAGGCAAAGCUCUGCAGUUACUCCCACUCUGGGAUCUCCUCCUGGCCCAGUGUCAAGCUGUACGACAGCACUGGCGGAAAGACUGUAGAUAUCGGCGAGGAGCUCAUAACGCUGGGCCACGCUGUCAGCUUCCAGGAAAUGUUGAACGGGAAGACUGACGGGGACAAACUGGGCUGUCUGCAGAGGAUGCUGGAUGAUGUAAUUGGGGCAACAUCAGAGCUGAGUCUAUCCUGCAUCAGUUUAUCAGAAGCUGCCUCGCUGUCGGGAAGCGUUGACGAUGUUGUAGAGGAGGAGCUGUUCUGAAGUCCCCGUUCUCCAGCAUCAUGUCCAGCGAGAUGAGCUUCUCUCUGAGCACCAGCCAAGCCGGAGCUUUACCUACCCGAUGAGCCCGUCAGAGUUCCUCAGACAUCCUUCUUUUGCCUUUCUGCUCUUCUCUUGGACCCAGUGCUGCUGCGUUUAAAUGAGGGUCCAGACAUGAGAGAAGAAAAUCAGAACGUUAGCGUUGUGGAAAACACCAUGAAGGCAGCUGAUGUUUGAUUUUUUUCCUUUUUCUCAUUGUGUGUUCAAGUUAAAGUUUUAUUAUAUUUUGCUCAUUAAAACUACACUAAAUAUGUUUUGUAUGAAAAUAUAGUAUUUACUGUGUCGUUAUGUUUUGAGUGUUAGAAAUUCCCUAUAUUACAAUAAAGGAUUUAUUUCACAAGUA